GUCAAUGGCGCCGGUUGAUAGCGGGAUCGUUGUUAGUCACGUCGGGACCACGUACAGUGACGGUCGUGGAGAGAUCGAGAGUCGUAAAGUCGGCAGACAGAGACAAAAACGCGGAGCGAUCGCGAGGGGAGCGAUAUCGUGAACAGAAAGCGUCGCGCGAGAAAGCUAGAUAGAUAGAUAGAGAGAGAGAGAGAGAGAGAGAGAGAGAGAGAGAGAGAGAGAGAGGGUGACGGAAAAACAGCGGGCGGGCGUACCAGUACAACGUCGUCGCUUCGUUCUCGAUUCGGCCGCGAAUCCGUCGAUUCCUGCUGCUUAAUCCGGUGCGUGGGUCCAUUCGUACGUGCGCGUGCGUGUGUAUAAUCGCGUGUGUGUCUACCUCGUUUCGGUGAGUGCGAAAGUCGAGGAGUCGAGGGGACGUGCGUCGUUUGUGCCUCAACAUCUCGGGCGACGCAGGGACGAGACGCCGCGACGGGCACCGCGUCAUAGUAGUGUGCCUAAAACGCAGGAAAGAAGGAGAGAUAGGAGCGCCCGCAGAGAGGAAGAGCACAAACAGGCGGCGUAGAAGAGAGGCGGCGGUGGAGGCGGAGGUGGGGGAGGCGGCGGUACGGAGUGACGGAUUUGUUUUCUUGCACAACGGUGGAGCAAAACGGCCUCAAACUGUGGGGCUCUGGGGCGUUUUUCCUUCCUCCCCAAGGGAUGUACUACCCUCACAUGGUGCAGACAGGGAUGGCUGCGCCCUAUGGUGGGGGUGUCUUUCCCCCUCCGGUGAACGGGGUCGCGGGUGUCGUGGGGGCGGCCGGUGCAGCCGGUGACGUUAAACCACCACCGCCAGUGCCGGUGAAGGAGGAGAGCGCCGGUGCACCCCAGCAACCACCCCCGGCCGGCGGGCCCCAGGUGCCACCCGCAGCGGGUGCGCCCCAUCCUGCCGCUCCUGGUGCGCCGACUGCGGCCAGCUUCAGUCCGCCUCCGCCUCCGAACGGGGUCGAUCAACAGGCCAUCUCGGAGGUGUUUCAAGCUGCGGUUGCAGCGGCCGCAGCUGCAGCUGCGGGAGGCGGUGGCCAGCAGCCCGCACCUACACCAGGCGGUAACGAGACCAACCCCGAAGGCGGAGUGGAGGCCACUGCGUUGGUACCUGUCACCUCAGGCGCAACGACACCUGCGACAGCGACACAGGGUACCGACCUCAAAGGUCAACCAAAACGCCUGCACGUCAGCAACAUACCCUUCCGCUUUCGAGAUCCCGAUCUUAGAGCAAUGUUUGGGCAAUUUGGGCCAAUCCUGGACGUCGAAAUCAUAUUUAACGAAAGGGGCAGUAAGGGAUUCGGUUUUGUAACAUUCGCAAAUAGUGCUGACGCGGACCGGGCACGUGAGAGGCUACACGGCACCGUGGUUGAGGGCAGAAAGAUUGAGGUGAACAACGCAACAGCGAGGGUACAGACGAAAAAGCCGCCGACGGUUCCGAACGUGUGCGUACAAUGGCCCGAGGCCGCGGCCCUUAGAGGAGUCGCCAUUCAACGCGGCAGAGCUGGAACGCCAAGGACCACCUUCCCCACCGGCGCGGCCGCGCUAGCACUGGUUAGGAAUACAGGGCCACUUGCGGCCGCAGCUGCGGCCACGAGUCUACAUCCCUUCGCGCCCACUGUUUAUUACGACCCCUUCCUCGCGGCGCACGCAGCGACACAGGACCCCAACUACAGGUUGCAGCUGGAAUGGCCUCAAGCAACAGCUGACGCCGCGGCAGCAGCGGCCGCAGCGUCACCCUUGUUGAAGACACCCCUAUCAACGGCACAGCAGGCCACGUACGCAGCUGCAGCGACCUACACGGCGGUGGCUGCGCGCGCAUACGGCGCAGCUGCAGCUGCGGCACAGCCGGUCGCAGGAUAUGCCGCAGUCGCGGGUUACGGGCGUGAAUACGCCGAUCCUUACCUUGGACACGGCAUUGGACCUGUGGCGGGUUACGGGGCGACAGUGUACAGAAGCGGUUACAACAGGUUCGCACCAUAUUAAAUGGCUCAUUAACAACGGAGCGCGAGAGCCUUCCAAGUUAUACACCAUGUUAUACUCAACAAAACAUGACCAGACACAAGUCGACACAAUCAUCACCGUCAUUUUGCCAUCAUCGAGAUCACCCUCGAGGCGACGAGCCUGGACCCUCCAUGCAUAACGACUCGUCGAUUUUAUCUCUUCCCCUUUUCCAACUUUGCGACGCAAGAUUGUAAGAGAUAAACGGAGACUAUCAUUGACUUUUGAAGCCGAAAUCGUUCGAUCAAAGCGAAACUGCUGUCAAUGAUAUACUGCAUGUUUAUGCUAAAUCUUGAAAUUGUAUUGUAUUUUAAAAACUUAUAAGCGAUAGCUGAAACGAAUAGACGAGGAAGAUCAAUCUGUAAAUGCAACGUGGUGGUGUCGAGGCCGGCGCAUCGAAAUGUCGUGUCGUGUUCGGCAAAAAGUCGCUCCUAAUCAAUCCCCUGCCAGCAGCCAUUCACACGAAAUCAAUGGAACCUGUUCGAUCUUGUUUCUAUUUAAUCAAUUGAAUAAAUCGAUGUAAUACAAAAUUGGAAUAAGAUCAAUACAAUAUACUUGUUGUAUUUUCAAAUUUAUGAAUUUAUUUUCGAUAAUAACAUCAUGAACAUUUUUGCUAUAUGCAUAUCUCUUAAUAACUAAUAUUUAGUAUCAUCUUAGUGUUUUAAUCGAUAAAAAAAAAAUGCGAGAAAAUUUUCGAGUUAUUAAACGAAAUAUAAAAUGAAAAUAAUCUUUCUAUCUCUGUUUAUAGUUUCUGUAAAGUACAUUAAUAAUAUGAUGUUGUCACAUACCAAUAUGCAUCAUUUUCGUAUAUUUGCUCAUUUACUGAACUAGUUGUAAUAUAGUUGCGCACAUAUGUUGUAAUUAUUUCUAUUUAAGUCAAUGUUGUUUGAUAUGGUCGAUAUGGUUUGUAUUUAUAGUCUAAAUUAAUGUUGAAGGAAAAGCGCUAAAUAUUUCGCACAAAUAUUGUUGAACAAUAUAAGCCUGCACAUGAUUCAUUUAAAUGAGAUAAACAAUAAUUUUAUAAAUAAAUUUUUUUCAUAUAUAGAUUAUACGCGGAUGUUAUAGUAAAUAUAUAUUAAUUGAUAACAGUUAUGAAAUUAAAAUGAGCAAAUGCGUGCAAUUCGAAAUGAAUAAUUAUCAUGAAAUGAGUGCACAAUGUAAUUUUCUACGACAUAGAUACGCGCAUAAAUGGCUGCCGUGCGACAUUUUCUGCUAAAUGGCAGCGAAACAUUGACGACUUUAGUCGACGCGAACCGGCACAAGGUGAUCCGAAAAAAAGCGAGAUCCUUAGGUAGCUAGUUAAAAAGAAAAAAGAAAAAAAACGACCUCUAGGAAGAAACAAAGGCAUUCAUGUGACCGGUAGGGUUUCUAUGCCAAAUAUGUGUGUAUGCGCUUUUGCGCGCGUGUGUAUGUGCGUAGAUUUGUGAAAUAAACUCUGUUCUCAGUAAAUUUAGGGAAUAGCGGACAGAGACGAAAUAAGACAGAGAGAAGAACCGCUUAGACCUCUAAAACAAAAUGCCGAAUUUUAAUUGCACAGGGUCUAGUCAAAUCAAUUUCAUUUAAAUUCACGCAAAGCUUUGAUUCUUAUUUUCUAAAAUGUUAACAUGCCGAUCUUGAAUCUUUGUUUCGCGCAUUCGCUCGCUCCAUUUGCCGAUACUCGAGUUAAAUUAAGGAUAUGAAAUGAAACUCAUAAGAUUUAAAAAUAUUUACGCCUAAACUAUAUCGUUUUUUAAUUUUCAAAUAUAAUAAUUUAAUGCAUUCUCUUAGUAAACAAUUAUUAAAGGAUUAAAGUAUCUAUAUCGAAAGGAAAAACUGGAAGGAUUUCUUUCAAUUUUCUAAUUUUAGUUCUUUCGGAAAACUUAAAACUUUCAGACACUUAAGAAACCGCAUAUUUAGUUUUAUAUAUAUUCCUACUUGUUUAAGAAAAACUGUGUAAUUUCACUGUAUCUUUUCUCGCACGUUGGAUUACAACCUAAGCGACGAAUUAUGCAUUGGAGUGGCGAAUGCAAUUGUAUUAUUUUUUGUUCUCUUUUCCAUGAGAAAUUUGAUUGCGAUAUAAAUUCAUAUGCGACAACCAAAUUGAAUCGUGUGUUAUACUAAUUUAUUCCUUAGUUAACCGACUGAAUGAACAUGACAACUUUUUUUUAAACAUUAAGCAAAGCCCACGUCAUAACCGGUAAAUAUAGAAUCUUAACGCCUAUGAACAAGAGCACAGUAAUAAUACGUAGAUAGAGCUAGGAUUCGUAGAAUGCGUCUUACGAAGUAAUCGAUCAUAUAAAGCUGGGAUCGUAUAAAGAUCAAACAAACAAUCAUAAUGAAUAAUAUAAAG